AUGGUUAAGAUUGUUUUCGGAGGCUUCUCGUUGUCUGAUCAGGCAUACUUCAAGAUACUAGAAGAGCGCAAUCAGGCUGUUAAUUUACUUCUCAAGAAUGGUGUUAACAAUAUCGACACUGCACACAUUUAUCCUGGCUCCGAAUAUGGCGUCGGCCAGCUAGAGAAGCGGAAGGAGUUUACUAUUGAUACUAAGCUCCCUGGCGGAAGUAUCCCUGGCUCAAUCACGAAAGAUGGCGUUAUCAAGUACUUGCAAGAGUCACUGAGGCGCCUGCAGAUUGAUCACAUUGAUGUUCUGUACAUCCAUACACCCGACGACUCGGUUCCUAUUGAACAGACGCUUGAGGGCAUCAACGAAGCCUAUAAGAAGGGCGCUUUCCGCCGCUUUGGACUAAGCAACUAUACCGCUAAACAAGUCCAGGAAGUCUAUGAUAUCGCUAAGGCAAAAGGAUACCUACUUCUUCAACUCAGUAUCAAUUUCUACGCGUAUUCGGCUAUUGCUGGUGGCUUCCUGACCAAGUCAAUUGCAGACCUCGACGCAGGUGUUGGUCGGUUCAACAAAAAUGUCAUGGGUGGGCUGUUUAGCAUGCUGUACGACCACGAGCACUUGCGCGAGGCGCUAUUUACAUGGAACUAUAUAGCUAGGAAAGAGGGAGUGUCAAACGCUGAGCUUGCGUACCGCUGGGUAGCGUAUCAUAGCGCGCUACAUGGCGACGAAGAUGGUAUUCUUCUUGGUGUCAGUAAGCUAUCGCAGAUUGAGCAGACGAUCCAGGGCAUCAAGAAGGGGAAAUUGAGCGAUGAGGCAGUCAAGGCUAUUGAGGUUGUCUGGGAGAACAUCAAGAGACAUCCCCCAGUGGGUGAAAUGAACGAUGUGGUGGCAUCUGUAAGGGAUGCGAGGAUCUCCUUGGAGUAA